AUGGCUCUGACAUCAUGGAAAGCGUUCAACUUCUUCGACGUCUCGUCGGUCAAGCUUUCGGAGGAGUGCUCGUCGAUAUUCAAGUCCAGCCUCUCGUCCCUUAGCACCGGCUCUUCCAAUCUUUUCCUGGGAUCGACUGAUGGCCUGGUGCAUAUCGUCUCGUCCGGCUUCAAGGUCGUCCGGUCAUUCAAGGCAGCAGAUACCGGUUCCAUCACACACAUCAAGCAAAUAGAAGGCACUUCACUUCUCGUCACAAUUGCCGAGGAUCUCCCCAACGAACCCAUACUAAAAGUCUGGGCUCUCGAUAAGCCAGAGAAGAAAACUGGAGCCCCGCGAUGCCUAUCUACGACGUCGAUCCAGAAUGCGAGAAGACCGUUCCCCAUUACUGCCUUCACGGCGCUGGAAGAUCUGUCUCAGGUUGCCGUCGGGUUUGGCAACGGGUCAGUGACAAUAAUCCGCGGCGAUUUGAUCCAUGAUCGCGGGGCACGCCAACGUAUCGUUUUCGAGUCGGAGGAGCCGAUUACCGGGCUCGAGGUGCAGCGUGGGGCACUGACAACCCUCUUCAUCUCCACGACAAGUCGGAUAUUGACCUUAGUCAUCUCUGGUAGAGGACAAGGUCAGCCGGCGCGUGUGCUGGAUGAUUCAGGGUGCGGGGUUGGGUGCAUGGCGCUGGACAAGGACACGGGAGAUGUGGCUGUUGCCAGAGAGGACGCCAUAUACACAUACGGCUCACAUGGCCGCGGCCCCAGCUACGCGUUCGACAGCCCUAAGAAUUCCAUCGACAUAUUCAGGGACUAUGUCGCCCUGGUCUGUCCUCCGAGAGUUCCGUCCUCCAAAUCAGAUUCUUUAGGAACCUACCGCGCCCCGGCUGACGAAAUAUUCAACACAACAACAUUCACGCUGCUUGAUACAGACCUUAAAUUCAUUGCACAUUCGGAAGCGUUGGCGUCGUCCGUCAAACAUGUCUUCAUUGAAUGGGGUGACCUGUUCUUACUCACAACAGAUGGAAAGGUUUUCCGCUAUCACGAGAAGAGCCUUCAGCAGAAGCUGGAGAUUCUGUACCAGCGCAAUCUAUAUAUCUUGGCCAUCAAUCUAGCCCAGAAAAAGGGCAUCGACACUUUGCAGCAGAAUGCCAUAUACCGCAAAUAUGGCGAUUUUCUUUACCAGAAGGGCGAUUACGACACAGCAAUGCAGCAAUAUCUUCGGGCAAUUGACAAUACCGAGCCAUCUCAGGUCAUACGGAAGUACCUUGACACGCAGCAUAUCCACAACCUCAUCGAGUACCUCGAAGAGCUCCACGAUCAUGACCGAGCUACUGUUGACCACACAACCUUACUCCUGAAUUGCUAUGCCAAACUGAAAGAUACGGAGAAAUUGAACUCCUUUAUCAAAGCUCCAGGCGAACUAAAGUUCGACCUGGAGACAGCCAUCGCCAUGUGCCGACAAGGCGGUUAUUACGAACAAGCCGCGUACUUGGCGACGAAGUACGGCGAGAAUGACAUGGUCAUCGAUAUCUUGAUUGAGGAUUCGAAGAGAUAUGCCGAAGCAGUGGAAUACAUUUGGCGACUCGAGCCUGAAUUGGCUUACCAUAACCUGAUGAAAUAUGCCCGAGUAUUACUGGCUAAUUGCCCAGAAGAAACCACUGAACUGUUCAUGGAAUAUUACAAGGGGCAGUACAGGCCAAGAACACAGGUCGAGUCUCCGGCGGAGCCUCAAGUUCAACCGACUAGCACGUUGCAGAGUCUCGCAGGCUUCCUUCCUUUAUCUCUGAUCAACGCAGGUCCUGGUAGAAAAACCGAACCAGUUGAAGAGACGGCGGAUGAGGAGGAGCUGAAAGUAGAACCAACUCCAACCUAUCGUAUUCCAACACCGAGGACCGCAUUCUCGGCUUUCGUCGGCCAUCCGCAGCAGUUCAUCACAUUCUUGGAAUCUCUGAUUGGGCUCGAGGAUCUGAAAGAAGCAGAUAAGGUUGACAUCUACACAACUCUAUUUGAGAUGUAUCUGGACACGGCAAAUCGGCAGAAGGAUUCGGCAGAGAAAGAAGAAUGGGAAAGCAAAGCCAAGAAAUUGAUUGAAGGGAAAGAUAUUCCAAUCUCGACAUCAAAUGUUCUGCUCUUAUCGGAUCUAUCCAAUUUCCGAGAAGGCUCGACUCUUGUCCGCGAGCAAGAAGGGCUCCGGUCCGACAUUUUCAGGUCUUUUACUUCGGCAAAGGAUACCCGCGGGGCUAUUAGAGCCCUGAGGAAAUAUGGGCCCCAGGAGCCGCAGCUAUAUGUAGACGCUCUGACAUACUUUGCCUCGAGCCCCGCUAUCCUUGAGGAAGCGGGAGACGAACUUGAUGUGGUGCUCAAGAGGAUUCACGAGGACGGAUUGAUGUCGCCACUCCAGGUCAUUCAAGCGCUGAGCAACAACUCUGUUGUCACCAUGGGCCGUGUCAAGAAAUAUCUGAGCGAUAACAUCGAGCGCGAGCGGAAGGAAAUAUCCACUAACCGUCGUUUGAUAUCUAGUUACAGCUCCGAAACAGAGAAGAAAAAGCAGGAACUCGAGCAGUUGGGGACAAAGCCCGUGGUUUUCCAAGCACGGCGUUGUAUGGCGUGUGGCGGAGCCUUGGACCUGCCUACGGUGCAUUUCCUUUGCAAACAUUCAUUCCACCAGCGCUGCCUCAACAAAGUGGAUGAAGAUGCCGAGUGUCCAAUGUGUGCACAAGAGAAUUCUACCAUCAAGGCCAUCCGAAGGAGACAAGUCGAGUCGGCGGAACAGCAUGACCUUUUCAAGGGCGAACUCCAACGGUCAAAGGACCGCUUUGGCGUAAUUAGUGAAUUCUUCGGGCGUGGGGUUAUGCGGCCGCAGAGUACUAUGGAGUCAUAA